AUGUGGGGUUUUUUGUGUUCUUCAUUCUUUCCACACAGAUUUGGAAAUGAUGUGCAGCACUUCAAGGUGCUUAGAGAUGGGGCUGGCAAGUAUUUCCUUUGGGUGGUGAAGUUCAAUUCUUUGAACGAGCUGGUAGAUUAUCACAGAUCCACAUCUGUCUCCAGGAACCAGCAAAUAUUUCUCCGGGACAUUGAACAAGUGCCACAGCAACCAACGUACGUUCAGGCCCUGUUUGAUUUUGAUCCCCAGGAGGAAGGAGAGCUGGGCUUCCGCCGCGGAGACUUUAUCCAAGUCCUUGACAAUUCUGACCCCAACUGGUGGAAGGGAGCCUGCCAUGGACAGACGGGCAUGUUUCCACGCAACUAUGUGACCCCAGUGAACCGGAACAUCUAGAGAUAAAUAUUAGAGAUUAUUUAAAGAAACCAGAGAAACAGUAAAUACACAUACAGAGCCUAACUGCAGCCAGUGACCUAAAAUCGCACGGCGAUAAAACCUGAGUCACCUUUCACCGGGAGGUGAUCUUCCUUCACUCAGUACGGAACUUCAGGGGCGGGGCAGGGGAAGAGUUCAACUUACACACCAAAACUUAUCUUUAA